AUGAUAAAUUGUUUAAAUGUUUCUCUCCAAGAAAUGCGUGAUAGUGGAAAUGAACAAAUUAAAACUGAAGCUAUUAGUAUUUGUGAUAAAGUUGGAAUAAAAUCUGAAUUAAAAAUCAAAAGGACAAUAAAAAGGAAAGUUAUUAGUGGAGAAAAUUCAUCGGGUGAAGAUAUUUCUGCAGAUCAAUUUUUAACAUUGGAAUACUACAAAGUUCUUGAUAAUAUGAUGGCUCAAAUGAAAUGGAGGUUUGAACAAUUAUCAAAUAUUGCUGAUGAUUUUCAAUUCCAUUCUGCUCAUUCAUUAUCUGUUACACCAGUUGAAAAAUUGAAAAAAUAUGCAGCUGAUUUAGCUAUCAAAUACAACGAAGAUAUUGACCAGGAAAUAAUUAACGAAAUCAAAUUUUUUAAAUAUCAAGUAAAAGCAAUUUUACCAGACUUAAACGCAACUGCUUUAAAUAUUUCAAACGCAAUUAAAAAAUAUGAACUUGAUUCAACUUGUCCAAACUUAAUGACUGCAUAUAGAUUGUUUCUUACCAUGCCUGUUACCGUCGCUUCCGGGGAACGCUCUUUUAGUAAAUUGAAACUAACUAAGACGUAUUUACGGUCAACCAAAACAGAUUAA